GCCUGCCCUGGGGAAGCCAUGGGGUGAGCUCAGCGCCUCUCCCCGUUUCCCUAGCAACGGUCUCAAAAGCAGAUAGCCAGCUACCUAGUGAUUUGUCGAACUGCGCCGGCUCCGGGUCGCUUGUUCCCAAAUCGGAAGGCAUUGCAGCCCGGGUGACCCGGAAGGAGAUAAGCAAAGAAGAAAUGAAUUAACUAUUUGAAAAGCAACAGCAGCAGCAACAAAAAAAUAAAAACCACCUUUAAUCUUGGUUAAAGAGGAGAGUGGAGAGUACCUGAAGAGCUGCCACAAAGAAGAGUGGGAUCAAUUUUUUAAAACAACUUUAUUGAGUGACUAGAAGAAGGUUACAGGCCAUAAACUGAACACUCAGUACAUUACUCGUUUGCCUGGUGUACACACCCACAAGUUCGCUGGAGAAGCCAUCGGCCGGAGCACUGCAAUGUUUCAUGGAACAAUCAUAAGAGAGCUAACCAGCCAUGAAGAAUGGAGUCACUAUAAUGAGAACAUUGUUGAAGAUCAAAAAGACUUUGUUUUUAUAAAGUUCAAUGGUCUUCAUUUAAAAUCUAUGGAAAAUUUGCAAUCAUGUAUUUCUCUUAAAGUAUGCAUCUUCUCAAACAAUUUUAUUACAGAUAUUCGUCCACUUCAGAGUUGUUUAAAAUUAGUCAAACUAGAUCUCCAUGGAAAUCAGAUAAAGAGUCUGCCAGACACAAAAUUUUGGAGUGGAUUGAAGAACCUAAAACUCCUCUAUCUUCAUGACAAUGGUUUUGUGAAGUUAAAGAAUGUAUGUGCAUUAUCUGCUUGUCCUAACCUCAUUGCCCUCACUAUGUUUGAUUGUCCAGUGAGCCUUAAAAAAGGAUAUAGACAUGUUCUUGUUAACAGUAUAUGGUCUCUCAAAGCUCUGGAUCAUCAUGUUAUUUCUGAUGAAGAAAUAAUUCAGAACUGGCAUCUUCCUGAAAGAUUCAGAACAUAUAACCAUCGACUUUUUUUUAAUAUCUGCCCUGCUUUGAGAAAGGGAUCAACCUAUGAGGAUGAACUCGAUAAUGUUAAAUAUAUUAUUUCAAACAUUAAUGAAAUUCUGGCUCAUAAUUCACCAGUGUUGAUUGUUCAAAGAUGGAUACGUGGCUUCUUAGUUAGGAAGAAAUUGAGCUACUUGUUUUUGAAUAAAAAACAGCAGGAAAAAUUUAAGAGUUAUUAUGAAACAAAGUGGAUUUACAUACACAAAGGAUAUAAAGAUAAACUCCUUAAAGAUCUGUUUUUUAAGCCUGAAACUGGUAUAAGAGAACAGCUUUCCCAUUGGAAAUAUAAUAUGGAUUCUCCAGUUGAUAUUAAAAGUGCUAGUGAACAGAGAAAAUAUGUUUCCUCUAUUUUAUCUGAAUUAGAAACAAAAGAUAUUGGCAUAAAAUCCAAAAAAUCAAGGCAACUCAUUCUAAAAGGUCAGAGGAAAUCUGAAGAUAAAAUUGAGGGUGAAGAAAUGGAUACCGGUUUCAAGAUAUCAGGAUUCAGGCUACCUGUACGAACUUCAGGUCCAUUGACGUAUGCUGCAGUAUUGAAAAAGCAAAAGCAAAUUCCUUUUCCUAUACAUACCCAGAUAUUUUCUGCCAUUCAUCAAAAACCAAUAAUUAAAAGAGAUACACUGUUGGAAAGGAAUGUAAGAAAAGAGUUUUUUGCAACACACAGAACUGGUAUAAAACUCCAAACACUUUGUGAUAUUGAUAUAUAUUACUCAGAACAAAAGAAGCAGGAAAGCCAUAAAAAAAAAGUCACAUCUGUAGCCAAGGCACAAGUUGCUGAAGGAAGAGUUAAACAAACUGUUCAAGAAUCUUUAAAUAAUAAAAAAUAUGUGGCACAAAAACUAAUUGAAAAAGAUAAGGAAACAAUUCAGAAGGGUUUACAACAACUUCAUCAAGACAGAUUAAACUACAUUGAAAAAGUUAGAGAGAGAAGGGCUUUCUUUCUAGAAGAAAAAAAAAGAAAGGCUGCAGGUCGUUUAUUAAUUCAAGACUUGAGUAAUGAGCGCAAUUUUUUGGUACAAGGAAUGAUUAAAAUCAACAGAUGGAGGGGGAAUAUGGCUAUUUUAAAAGAGAAAAAACGGAUUGUUCAGCAAAAACGAGAAGCAGAAAACUAUCAAAAGGAAUUACUUAAACGAACAAAGGAAAUUAGGUGUCAAGAAAUAUAUAAAAGGCACUGUGAAGAAAAAUUUGUUAAUGAGAUGAUUGCCUUUCAAAAUGCUUAUGAAAGAUUUCAAGAUGCUAAAACAAAGGUUGCAAUCGUGAAAACAAAUAUUGCCUCUGAUGUUCUCAGUGGAAUGAGAAAAUGAACCAAGGCCAGAUCAAAACCUAUGAUCAUCUUGCA